AUGGACUUGAGAAACCUCUCCUCCACGCCUAACCAGUUGGACUCGGUCAUGCAACGCAGACCUUCGCUUUCGUCUUUAUCCUCCGCAUCAGGGUACGCCCUGCUGAGCUACGCCGGCGCUGCCGCUGGUACUGGCCAGACUGGCAACGUGCCUGGCGUGAAUCAUAUGCCCCAGCCGCCCCUGGAGAACCACACCCCUCAGAUGGCCCUGUUAAAGCUCAGCGGUGACCAGGGUACGAGAAUGUACUCUGGCAUCCUGAGCAACCUGCUGAGCACCAACUUGGCCUCUGGAUCGGGCAUUCCGCCAGCCUCGAUGGUCAGUAAUGUUGUUCCUUGGGUGGAGCAGCAGAAGCAGCAGCAGUCCUUGACGAUGAACUUGGACAGCGGUAAGAAAAACAGAAAAGAGGAGCCCGACGCCUCUCCCAACAUCGCCCCCAUGACCACCACGUCCGCCAACGCCUCUACUAUGGAGGAUGAUGACGACGAGUUGAUCCCCACCGCCAUCGUGAUCAAGAACAUUCCUUUUGCGAUCAAGAAAGAGCAGUUGUUGGACGUGAUGACCAAGCUUAACUUGCCCUUGCCUUACGCUUUCAACUACCACUUUGACAACGGCGUUUUCCGUGGUUUGGCGUUUGCCAACUUCACAUCCACUGACGAGACGUCGAUGGUGGUGAACCAGUUGAACGGCCGUGAGAUCGGAGGAAGAAAGUUGAGAGUCGAAUACAAAAAGAUGUUGCCCGCUCAGGAGAGAGAAAGAAUCGAGCGGGAAAAGAGAGAGAAACGCGGCCAGUUGGAGGAGCAGCAUCGCUCCACAUCCAACGCCUCUUUGGCCUCUCUCAUCAGUGCUGCUUCUACUACUGCAGCCACCAAGAACCUCAGUGUGAACGGUGCCCAGUACAACUCUCAGACUGAGCGUUUGUUGAUGCAUUUCCCUCUGGGCAACACCAACAUGCCCCCACCACCGGUGGAACUCAACUUCAACGACCCAGACGUGCUUGAGUUGUACUCCCAGUUGCUCACCUACAGAGACGACAACUCCAAGCUCAUCUUCGAGUUGGCUUUCCCCGCUAAUAUCUCAUUACAGCACCGCAAGGUGUUUUCCCUCUUGUGCUCCUACCUUAAUUUGUUGGAGCUUUACGACAACGGCUUGAUCAUCAUCCGCAGAAAGCCGGGCCAGCAGACUAUUCAACAGCGCCAACAACAGAGCGCUACAUUCAACCCUCAUCUCCACCAUCAACAGCAGGGUCAGGCACCAGCAGCCACCACCCCACAGCACGCACAACCCCAACUGCAACAGCAGCAGCCACAACAACAGCAGCAACAACAGCAAUCCGGGCAGCAGGGCCAGACCAAUGGUGCCGGCCACCCCCACUCCAACUCGAUGAUGAACAUCAACCAGUUGCCUGCUUUGCUUAACGGGUACCCCAGCAACUUGCAAACCCCCAACCCACAUGCACCCGAGUUGUUGAGGUCCCAAUCCCAGCUGGCUUUGCCCUUGACUAGACUUAGACAACUGAGCUCCACUCCUGUUCAGCAGCAGUACUCUCAGUACCUGUCUGGAGGUAUUCCUGGUCACAAGAAUGCCGGUUCUUCGCAGGGCAAUGCCAAAUACCAGUCAUUUGUGGGCUACGGCGGCGCUCCAUCUGGAAACCAAAAUCAGGUGUCGCAGCUCAGUACGCCCAACUCCAGCAGCGCCGCUGCGUUGUUGAGAUCCUCCAACAACCGGUCUUUUGUCGAUGUCAGAAGCACCCCUCCGCUUACUGGAGCCAUGCCAUCCCAGUCCGACUCGCCCACCCCGCAGCACCCUUCGACCCAUGGUACUCAUAUUUACCAGGGUCAGCAGGGCCAGAACUUCUUUGGCCAAGGAGCCCAGAUCAGUCAGCCAGGUACGCCAUUGGGCAAUGCUGAUUUGAACAACCGCUUUGCUCCGUUUGGCCAGCAUGCGCAUCUCAACGGAAGCUUUAGCUCUUUGCAACCAACAUCCGCCAACAGCGAGGAGUUUUCGCUUGGAGGUGAUAACAUGGCCUCGAAGUUGAACGGGUUGACAUUGGGCAACGGCUACGAGCAGAGCAAAAGCAGCGGCAGCGGGAUCUGGGGGCCCAAGAAGUAA